GAGGGACGGAGGAGAUGAGAUGAGAGGAGAAGAGAAGAGGAGAGCAAAUGAGGAACAGAGACAAGGAGGGAAGGAGCGAGAAAGAGAGAGAGAGAGAGAGAGCGAGAGCGAGAGAGAGAGAGAGAGAGAGAGAGAGUACGAAGGGAUACAUUGACUCAAAGCUGGUCUAGAUGCUCCACAGAGUGUGAGAGACAGAGGAUGUGAUAGCAGGCAAGAUGGAGAGCUGGCACAGAUGAAGACUGUCCCUGGUCCCGUUUGACAGUCCAGAUGAGUGUCUCGAAGCCCCCUCCACCUCCCUCCACCACCCACCUUGCCAUCCCCCCUUCCUCCCCCUCCACCCCCUCCUCAGCUGCCUCCUCCCCCUCAGCGACGCCCCACUCCGCCGCUCCCCCUCCGCCGUCGCCAGUGAAGAUCUCUAUGCAGGAGCACUUUGCUAUCAACGUGUGCCCGGGGCCAAUCCUCCCCAUCCCACAGAUCUCGGACUUCUUCCCUCGUUUCCACGACUACCCCUGCACGCCACCGCCCCCCAGGGAAAAGAAGAUCCUGAAGGAGGAGACUUUCAACGGGGUCACGGGUGGAGGCUUCAAGGAUGGGGAGAGAAGAGGAGAGAACGAAGGGGACAGAGAAGAGGCGCUCGACUCAGACGACGACGACACCUACCUGGGAACGCUGGAGUUCACGCUGCACUUUGACCAAGAGAACAACUGCCUUCAUUGUACUAUACACAAGGCAAAGGGUCUGAAGGCCAUGGACUCCAACGGGCUGGCUGAUCCAUACGUCAAGCUUCAUCUUCUCCCCGGGGCGAGCAAGGCAAACAAGCUUCGCACAAAAACCCUGAAGAACACGCUGAACCCGGUAUGGAAUGAAACGCUGGUGUAUCACGGCAUCACCGGGGCAGACAUGUCCACUAAGACGCUCAGGUUGUGUGUGUGUGACAUGGACAGACUCGGACGAAACGAAUUUAUCGGAGAAGUGAGAGUGGCUCUGAAGAAACUGAAAGAGGGAGAGAGCAAACGUUACAAUAUGGGCCUGGAGAGGAUCGCACAGAAUAAAGAAGCCAACAAUCAGCUGGUGGAGCAAGGAGCACUUGUGGUAGAAGAGGAGCGUGGUCGCAUCUUGGUGUCGCUGUGCUACAACAUGGAGAAAGGAUGCCUGCUGGUUGGGAUCAUACGCUGUGCCCAUCUGGCCGCCAUGGACUCCAACGGAUACUCUGACCCCUUUGUCAAAAUCAUCUUACAGCCAGACAUGGGGAAAAAGUCCAAAUACAAGACAACAGUCAAGAAAAAGACUCUCAACCCUGAAUUUAAUGAGGAGUUUUCGUAUGAGGUAUCCUUGGACCUGCUGGCAAAGAAAACCCUGGAGAUUUCUGUGUGGGACUACGACUUGGGAAUGAGCAACGACUUCAUAGGCGGAGUGGAGCUGGGCAUCAACGCAAGUGGACAGAGACUCAGACACUGGUUUGAGUGUCUCAAAAACAAAGGGAAGAAAGUGGAAUAUUGGCACACGCUCACACAGCAGGGAGCCCCAAGCAGUGACAAGCCGGACUAGAUCACACUCCCGCAGACAAAGGCACUCCCACGAGCACGUGUCUCCCUGAGCGAUGGUCUAACAACAACAAAGAUCCGGACAAAGAACAAAACAUGCAAUAACAAUGUUCAAAAACCUAAAUUUGUCUUGUACUGCUACUGAGCACAUCACAAACUAUUAGUAUGUAUUCAUACUAAUAUCAGUAGAUGUGAAUAUAUGUAAUCAGAUUUUUUCAUCAUGAUGUCCUCGUUGAAGCGUUGCUGCAGCAACAGAUUGCGUUUAGACCUCACCGUACUGUGGAAGUUGCUCAUAAUCCUUCAAAUUGACACUGAACGAGGAGAUUAUCCCAACGGGCCUAAAGUUCCCAUUCAGUGCCCAGGUCCAUGUUUGUGACUCGUGACGUGUGCGACAUAGUUAACAGGAGCGGUUAUGCUGGUGACAAGUUGAUCUGAUGCAAAACAUCACACCAUAUUUUACUGUAAAGCACAAGAAGAGAUCCAUUAGGUGGAUUGGUACCUUUACUUUCUCAGUGUUCUGUCUUUUUCUCUGUGACAGUGGUCUUCUACCACCUCUUUGUCAGCAAGUGUGUGUGUGUGUGUGGUCGUUAUGACAAUAUGAGUGCCUACAUUUACUGUGUGUUUGUCUCUAUUCAUGUUUCAACUUCAGAAGUUGUGAGGAAACAUUGAUGAAGGGCGAGAAUGAGUCAAAAACAGCUAAAACUAAAAUGGAGAAAGACCUCUGUGACUGUAACAGAACGCAAGAGUUGGUACCGAUCCCAAAAGAUAAUAAAAUAUCUGAGACCAACCCGCCCCAUCUAGGGUGAGUCGUCUUUACCCGACAGGUGUUCCUUGCAUCGGGUGUGAGUUUUCCUCAGUUUCCAGGAUGCUUUAGUUGGAACAGAUUUAACCUUUUUAUUGUAUUCACUCAUUUUAUCUGAACCACACAAAUCCAGUAUCACACACCUGAGACAUGCACUCACAUCAGAGCAACCUUUGUGCCUCUUUCUGUUUUUAAAAUGUAUUUUAGACGUUCUUUCAUAAAUGUAGUGUGACGUCAGUGUGGAUACGAUAAACUAGUGUCAAAAAUGCUGAAAUGAUGUGAAUUAACAUUGUAGUUUGAUGCGUUAUGAUUAACGUACGAGAAGGAUGUAAGGUGAGAGGACUUGUGCAUUGAAACUGUAUUUUGGAGGUCUUAAAUUAGCUUCAUUGUUGAAUAUUUACUAUAAAAGGCUUUAAAUGAUGAAGAAAAUUACUUUCUUAUAUUUUGAAUUAUAUUUUUAUACUUAUGCCAUACCACUUUUUGUCUGUUGGAUUAAAAUGUAAAAUCAAAACAAAUAUCAGCAUGUAAUGGAAACUGGCCAAUAAUCUGCACGAUGGGAUUAUUUCCUGUUCGUCUGAUCUGAAACGCCAAAGUUGUUUUUGCCUCCUGUCUGUGAGCGCACAAUAGCUAAGCUACAAAAAAAAUCUGACACAAUUUCAAGUCUAUGAACUCCCCAUUGUUAAGCACUGCUUCACUCAGCAAUAAAAACUGUGAAAGUUA